UUCAACUGAGUUCAACAUGAGAAUCCAAACCGUAAUCCUUGGUUGUGUCCUGGUGGCAGCAUGCCUGAUCAGGAGCAGCGAUGCCGUUUGUGCCGCAACAACUUGCACAGCAGCUGAGUGUGCCGAGGCUGACAAUGAAUCGGAUCCUUCCUGUGUCACCACGACUACGACUACGACUACAACCACAACCACUGCUGCUACCGACACAGAAGCAACCACUGUAGCUUCCGACUCAGCAACAACAACCGUGUCAUCCAGUUCCUCCUCCUCUUCGGACUCCGCAAGCACCUCCACCUCUGCUUUGACCAGAUGUAGGCGCAGGAAUCGUCGCUUGUUGAGGCGCAUCAGGGUACUCCGCAGGCAACUCAGAAAUUCGAGAAAUGGUGUCAGAAGAGUUAUUAGAGUUAAUCGUGUUGUUAGCAACGGAGUCAACAACGGAGUCAACAGAGGAACCACCAGGAGAGUGACCAGGGUUGUCAACGUGGGUUUCCGUAACGGCAGGGCCCAAAGAGGGCGCGUUGUCUAUCAUUGGAGAUCUUCUACUGAUAUCAAUAUGAGAAUCCAAACGGUAAUCCUUGGUUGUGCCCUUGUGGCACUGUGCCUGAUCAGGAGAAGCGAAGCAGCUUGUGCCGCAACAACUUGCACAGCAGCUGAGUGUGCCGAGGCUGCUAAUGCUUCGGAUCCUUCCUGUACAACGACAACCACAACGACAACGACCACUGAGGCAGCAGCAGCAGCAACAGACACAACAUCUACAGCAGCGUCGGACACCAGUGCCACUACAACAACGACAUCAUCGUCUACAUCCAGUAGCAGUUCUUCAGACUCCACAAGCAGUUCUGAUGCUGCUACUAUUGCUAGAUUGAGACGCAGACUGCGCAGAUUAAGGAGGCGUAGUCUUCAACGUCAACGUGCGAGAAGACAAGCUCAAAGAAGAAGGCAAGCAGCAAGACGCAGGGCAGCAUUGAGGCAACAGAGGCAGAGGCAGAGAGCCCAGCAGAACAGGAACCGCAGAAACAGAAACCGUCGCCAAAGGCAGGGUUAAGCAUGAUCA